AUGUCCGAAGCCAAGACCCUGAGCUACUCCUGCCUCUUGCUUUCCUUGCUCUCUUUGCACUGGGCUUUGCUCCAGCUGGGCCAGGCUUUUCCCAGCACGUCUGACUACCUGCAGCGGGGCUGGCAACGGCUGCUGGAAGAAGGGGAGGGCUGUGCUGAGUGCCGGCCGGAGGAGUGCCCCGUGCCGCGCGGGUGCCUGGCUGGCACGGUGCGGGACGCCUGCGACUGCUGUUGGGAGUGUGCCAACCUGGAGGGACAGAUCUGUGACCUGGACAACACCAACCACUUCUAUGGCAAGUGCGGGGAGCACCUGGAGUGCCGGCUGGACGCCGGGGACCUGCGGCGCGGCGGAGAGGUGCCCGAGCCCCAGUGCGCCUGCCUCUCCCGCUUGGCCCUGUGCGGCUCCGACGGGAAAACCUAUGCCCAGAUCUGCAGGUUCCUGGAGGUCGCCCAUGCCCACCCUGACGCCAACCUCACCGUGGCUCACGAGGGCCCCUGCGAAUCAGAGCCUCAGAUCACAUCUCCUCCCUACGACGCGUGGAACGUCACUGGGCAGGACGUCAUCUUUGGCUGCGAGGUCUUCGCAUACCCCAUGGCGUCCAUCGAGUGGAGGAAGGAUGGCAUGGAGAUGCUGCUGCCAGGAGAUGACCCACACAUCUCUGUUCAGUUCAGAGGCGGCCCCCAGAAAUACGAAGUGACCGGCUGGCUCCAGAUCCAGGGUGUGCGUGUGACGGAUGAAGGCACCUACCGCUGCUUUGCCAGGAACAAGGUUGGGGAGGUGGUGGCUUUAGCCACCCUGACCGUCCUCACGCCGGACCAGCUCAACCUGACGGGCUUUUCCCUGCCGAAGCCCCACACGACGCCCGAGGACUACGGGGAGAGCGAGGAGGACUAUUACUAGCCCGGAAAUGGGACAGGCGGCUGCAGAGAUCACCGUUUGGGAGAGAGUCCGGCCUUGCCCCAUGGUAGCCUUUCCUGGGGGUGCAGGAACAUCUCCGGAGCAGACAUCCCCCAGCCCGAAACUCCUUCUCUGAACAGUCGCGGCA